AUGAAGGUAAAGGUGGACCUACCAACCCGACCAGCGUGCUCAGCGCCCGACCAGCGUGCUCAGCGCCCGACCAGCGUGCUCACCGCCCGACCAGCGUGCUCAGCGCCCGACCAGCGUGCUCAGCGCCCGACCAGCGUGCUCAGCGCCCGACCAGCGUGCUCAGCGCCCGACCAGCGUGCUCACCGCCCGACCAGCGUGCUCAGCGCCCGACCAGCGUGCUCAGCGCCCGACCAGCGUGCUCAGCGCCCGACCAGCGUGCUCAGCGCCCGACCAGCGUGCUCAGCGCCCGACCAGCGUGCUCAGCACCCGACCAGCGUGCUCAGCACCCGACCAGCGUGCUCAGCACCCGACCAGCGUGCUCAGCACCCGACCAGCGUGCUCAGCACCCGACCAGCGUGCUCAGCGCCCGACCAGCGUGCUCAGCGCCCGACCAGCGUGCUCAGCGCCCGACCAGCGUGCUCAGCGCCCGACCAGCGUGCUCAGCGCCCGACCAGCGUGCUCAGCGCCCGACCAGCGUGCUCAGCACCCGACCAGCGUGCUCAGCGCCCGACCAGCGUGCUCAGCACCCGACCAGCGUGCUCAGCACCCGACCAGCGUGCUCAGCACCCGACCAGCGUGCUCAGCGCCCAACCAGCGUGCUCAGCGCCCGACCAGCGUGCUCAGCGCCCGACCAGCGUGCUCAGCGCCCGACCAGCGUGCUCAGCGCCCGACCAGCGUGCUCAGCGCCCGACCAGCGUGCUCAUCGCCCGACCAGCGUGCUCAGCACCCGACCAGCGUGCUCACCAUCCGACCAGCGUGCUCACCACCCGACCAGCGUGCUCAGCGCCCGACCAGCGUGCUCAGCGCCCGACCAGCGUGCUCAUCGCCCGACCAGCGUGCUCACCACCCGACCAGCGUGCUCAGCACCCGACCAGCGUGCUCAGCACCCGACCAGCGUGCUCAGCACCCGACCAGCGUGCUCAGCACCCGACCAGCGUGCUCACCACCCGACCAGCGUGCUCAGCACCCGACCAGCGUGCUCAGCACCCGACCAGCGUGCUCACCACCCGACCAGCGUGCUCACCACCCGACCAGCGUGCUCAGCACCCGACCAGCGUGCUCAGCGCCCGACCAGCGUGCUCAUCGCCCGACCAGCGUGCUCAGCACCCGACCAGCGUGCUCAGCACCCGACCAGCGUGCUCAGCACCCGACCAGCGUGCUCAGCACCCGACCAGCGUGCUCAGCACCCGACCAGCGUGCUCAGCACCCGACCAGCGUGCUCAGCACCCGACCAGCGUGCUCAGCACCCGACCAGCGUGCUCAGCACCCGACCAGCGUGCUCAGCACCCGAACUUCCUGAAAUAA